CACAGCAAUUCUAAAGACAUGCAUCGGAGGCACGCCACCCUUCGGGAGAAGGGCCGGCGCCAGGCCAUCCGGGGCCCUGCCUACAUGUUCAACGAGAAAGGCACCAGCCUCACUGCCGAGGAGGAGCAUUUCCUCGACUCCGCAGAGUAUGGCAACAUUCCCGUCGUGCGGAAAAUGCUGGAGGAAUCCAAAACCUUGAACUUCAACUGCGUCGAUUACAUGGGACAGAAUGCCCUCCAGCUGGCCGUGGGGAACGAGCACCUGGAAGUGACAGAGCUGCUCCUCAAGAAGGAGAACCUUGCCCGAGUCGGGGAUGCCCUGCUGUUGGCCAUCAGCAAAGGGUACGUUCGCAUUGUGGAGGCGAUCCUGAACCACCCGGCCUUCGCGCAGGGACAGCGCCUCACGCUCAGCCCCCUGGAGCAGGAGCUGAGGGACGAUGACUUCUACGCCUACGACGAAGAUGGAACUCGCUUCUCCCACGACAUUACCCCCAUCAUACUUGCUGCCCACUGCCAGGAGUAUGAAAUCGUUCACAUCUUGCUUCUCAAAGGUGCACGGAUUGAAAGGCCCCAUGACUAUUUUUGCAAGUGCAAUGAAUGUAUGGAAAAGCAGAGGAAAGACUCCUUUAGCCACUCUCGCUCAAGAAUGAAUGCCUACAAGGGAUUAGCCAGUGCUGCUUAUUUGUCUCUGUCCAGUGAAGACCCUGUCCUUACUGCUCUAGAGCUUAGCAAUGAACUGGCCAGGCUAGCCAACAUUGAAACUGAAUUUAAGAAUGACUAUAGGAAGUUAUCUAUGCAAUGCAAGGACUUUGUUGUGGGGGUGCUGGACCUGUGCAGAGACACUGAGGAGGUGGAGGCUAUUCUGAAUGGAGAUGUGAACAUCCACUUGUGCCCUGAGCACCACCGGCCGAGUCUAAGCAGGAUUAAACUUGCUAUUAAAUACGAGGUCAAAAAGUUCGUUGCUCACCCCAACUGCCAGCAGCAGCUGCUCACCAUGUGGUACGAAAACCUCUCAGGCCUACGGCAGCAAUCCAUAGCUGUGAAGUUCUUGGCAGUUUUUGGGGUCUCCAUCGGGCUGCCCUUCCUUGCCAUAGCCUACUGGAUUGCUCCCUGCAGCAAGCUGGGACGUACCCUUCGAAGUCCUUUCAUGAAGUUUGUGGCUCAUGCAGUUUCCUUCACAAUCUUCCUGGGACUGUUAGUGGUGAACGCCUCCGAUCGGUUUGAAGGGGUCAAAAACCUCCCCAACGAGACCAUCACGGACCAUCCAAAGCAAAUAUUCCGAGUCAAAACAACCCAGUUCUCAUGGACAGAAUUGCUGAUCAUGAAGUGGGUAUUGGGUAUGAUAUGGUCAGAGUGCAAGGAGAUCUGGGAGGAGGGUCCACGUGAAUAUGUGGUGCAUCUCUGGAACCUGCUGGACUUUGGGAUGCUGUCCAUCUUUGUGGCAUCAUUCACUGCCAGGUUAAUGGCUUUCCUCAAAGCCUCUGAGGCACAACAGUACGUAGAUCAGUACGUUCAGGAUGAUGACCUCAAUAAUGUCACCCUUCCCCCUGAAGUUGCUUACUUUACCUAUGCCAGGAACAAGUGGCUCCCCUCGGAUCCCCAGAUCAUUUCAGAAGGCCUGUAUGCCAUAGCUGUGGUACUCAGCUUCUCCCGCAUUGCUUACAUUCUUCCAGCCAACGAAAGCUUCGGCCCCCUGCAGAUCUCUCUGGGCAGGACCGUGAAGGACAUCUUCAAGUUCAUGGUCAUCUUCAUCAUGGUGUUCCUAGCCUUCAUGAUUGGGAUGUUCAACCUUUACUCUUACUACCUUGGUGCAAAGUACAACCCCGCGUUUACAACGGUAGAAGAAAGUUUUAAAACCUUAUUCUGGUCAAUAUUUGGCUUAUCUGAAGUGAUAUCUGUGGUGCUGAAGUAUGACCAUAAAUUCAUUGAGAAUAUUGGAUAUGUACUCUAUGGAGUAUAUAACGUGACUAUGGUGGUUGUGCUGCUUAAUAUGUUAAUAGCCAUGAUCAACAACUCCUAUCAGGAAAUUGAGGAGGAUGCAGAUGUGGAGUGGAAGUUUGCACGUGCCAAGCUCUGGCUAUCCUACUUUGAUGAAGGAAGGACUUUACCUGCUCCUUUUAAUCUAGUGCCAAGCCCUAAAUCAUUUUAUUAUCUCAUACUGAGAAUAAAAAUGUGCCUCAUAAAACUCUGCAAAUCUAAGGCCAAAAACUGUGAAAAUGACCUUGAGAUGGGGAUGCUGAACUCCAAAAAACGGAAAGUUCGUUUUCACUCUAGCAUUCAAAACACAGAGAGUUUUUCUGGGAAGAACGCUUACACCAAGCCCACGAGAUACCAGAAGAUAAUGAAGCGUCUGAUCAAGCGCUACGUGCUGAAGGCUCAGGUUGACCGGGAGAAUGACGAGGUCAAUGAAGGAGAACUUAAAGAAAUCAAACAAGAUAUUUCCAGUCUCCGCUAUGAACUCUUAGAGGAAAAGUCCCAAGCUACUGGUGAGCUGGCAAAACUAAUACAGCAGCUGAGUGACAAGUUUGGGAAGACCUUAAAUAAGGACAUUUGAUGGUGAAUUCAGAGAAAGACAACUUGUUUUCUAAACAUUGUUCAUUCUCAACCAGCAUCUUAGGAGGGCAAAAACACGUGAAAGAUGGGUACUGCACACUCAGAUUUUGCUGACAACCAAGUGUUGGUAGGAGCACUUUGCUUUUCUCCCGCACUUGGUGAGUGACCAGUUAAACCUUUUCUGAUACAAAAGUGACUUUAUGGUAAAAAUCUAUGCCCCUCAACAGAAACAGAUGCACCAUAGAGAAGGCACCUCCAAUUAAAGGCAAAAAAAUGCCAGAUCUUCAUUCACCUGACUCCAGAGAAGACAAUGUAACUGUGCUCAUUAACACCAACAGAGUCUGUACUGACCAGGAAUGGGUGAAGCCUGAAGAAAAAAUGUGCCAAGCAUAUUCCCUACAAAAAUUUUUAAAUUCCUAUUCUUGGGUGUGUACUCUCCUUUUAUUUACAUUUUUUGUUUACAUUGGCAACCCUGAAUAUAACUUUGGCAACCCUGAAUAUAACUUUGAUCAGCCCUGUGGCUAAUGAAAAGCUAAUGAGAAAUCAUCUGUUGAAGUGACCAAGGCAGUGAACAAGAAGUAGACACUGACAGCAUUGGAAAAAUGAAAUCAAGCUUGUGGGGUAAAUUAUCCUUUAGCCUGAUGAAAGGAUUUCCAGCCAAACACUCCUGUCCACCUUUUCCAGCUGUAUUAGCUAGUCUGCUGAUGGAUAUGGUCUCUUUGUAUGCACUUAGCCUCUCUUUUAUCUUUAGUCGAUCCCAUCUCCAAUAACAGUGGACUGAAAUAUUCGUCAUGAUGUGAAACUCACUUCCCAGGAAUGGCCAGAGAUAAAACACCUUGUGCUAAUGUAUUCAGUUCAAAGAACAACACUAAUCCAGAGACAGCAAUGCCACUGAGCUCAGCUUUCAGAUUCCAGAGGUCAAACUGCAAGCCAUAGGGAGAGAUCGAUCACAAAGAACAUUGCCCAGUAGUUUCCAGCCUUGAAAUUUGUACAAAAAAGUUUCGAUUGAACAUUCUGACCAAAAAAAAAAACACAAAAAAAAAAAAAAAGAGGAAAUGAAGGAAAAAUCAUUGUAGAAAUUGUUGUCAUGUUUUUGGCUCUUACAGAGGAUGAGAAAGGGAUUCAAAGUGUUCUAAGGCUGUGGUAAUAGAAGGAUCACACUUUUUCAACAGGAAAGUUGUAAGUCUGUGCAACACAGCUGCAAACAUGGAUGGCUUGGGUUUUCAUGGUUGGCUACAUGAUUUCAACUACUUAAAGCACACCUUACUACUUGGGAACCAUGGAACUGGACUGUUUGUUUACAUGAGACACCUAUAAAAUGAACAUGACAUCUAGGUUUCAGCUGAGACAAACAAGCAGAGCCAGAAGGUGACCUGUGAUCAGUUCUUAAGUGCCAGAUGAGAAUACAUAUAGCCUAUUAGAAUAAUAGUUAUAUUUGUACAAAAAUAAAAGAAAACAAAAUAAAAAAGUGUACUGUACGUAGAUCUGUUUAGAGAAAAAAAAUACUGUAUUUUUACCUUUAAUAAAAUUAUCUUGUAUACUGUAAUAUUUUUACCUAAAAAUGGAAAAAAAAUAAAAUUACCUCAUAAUAUUUUGUUGUCCA